AUGCUUACGGCUAUUAUGCAGGUCUUACUCACAACUCAAUUGGACUUGUGUAGCGGUAGGUAUGGGAGUGGGGGCUUAUUGCCCGAAGUGGUCAAUUGUAAGCAGCAAACUGUAUGUGUCCAGGUUCCUCGGAACUUCAGGCUGCUAGAAGAGCUUGAGCGCGGGGAGAAGGGCAUUGGAGAUGGAACGGUCAGCUAUGGAAUGGAUGAUGCUGAUGACAUAUACAUGCGGUCAUGGACUGGCACCAUUAUUGGCCCUCACAAUACUGUCCAUGAGGGUCGCAUCUACCAGCUGAAGCUGUUCUGUGACAAGGACUACCCUGAGAAGGCACCAUCUGUUAGAUUCCAUUCAAGAAUCAACAUGGCUUGUGUUAAUCACGAGACUGGGGCGGUUGACCCAAAGAAGUUCAGUUUGCUAGCAAACUGGCAGCGGGAGUACACUAUGGAACAUGUCUUGACCCAGCUGAAGAAAGAUAUGGCGGCGACGCAGAACCGCAAGCUAGUGCAGCCUCCAGAAGGGACAUUCUUCUAG